AUGAAAAAUAACUUGACUCAUAUAUAUGGCUCUAUAUCUGCAGUUAGUAUUACAUCUAUAUCUGUACUUGAUGUUGUAUUUGCUACUAUUGAUGUUGUAUCUGUUGUAUUUGGUAUUAUAUUUAUAUUUGAAAUUAAUAUUACAUCUUUUGCAAUUUUCACAUUAAAUGAUGAUAUUUUAGGAUACAAAGAGAAACUAAACUCUUCAGAAAAGUUUAUGUUAUAUCAAUAA